AAUGGUCGCAAAAGUAGCUGAAUUCAUCAUGUCCAUAGGUCCAAAUGGUGUAUGGCUUCUUUUAGUUGGCGGUUUACUCCUUUAUAUCUGCAUGCGGGGAGAAGAAGAUGAGGUGAUAUCGCCACACUCUGGUGCUCAUCGUGAUACCCGUAGCUCUACUAGUCGUGCUACCAGUCCUUCUGAUUAUAGUGAUGGUAUCCGGACUGGUACACGCGUCCUUAACCCAGACCCAAAGCCGAGGCCAAGGGCAAAUCCUCCUGCACCGUUUCGGACUCAGAGUACCGUGCAGCGGCUCUGUGGGGAGUUUCGUUGCGGACACUGUGGCAGGUGGUGGACCAGCUUCAGCGCCUGGCGCGGCGAGUGGCAGAAAUGUCGAAGCUGCGGCACCAAGGUGUACCCACAAUCUCUCAGCGUCGCUGAACAUGCCCCUGAUGGUGACAAUGGACGGCCUCACGACGAGGAGAAUUGCAGUAUGUGCUUACGACUGGGUUCUAACUGUCGAAGGCUAUAGCCGUGCAUAAUGAUGUGUUGCCAUAAUGAAUGAAGCACAAUAAGCAUUCCAUAGACGGUAGACCUGCGCUUAAUCCGCGCUCACUGUACUUGUACAUCUUUCUAAAUCCUCCAAACAAGAUCCAAACCGUAAAGGAAGAAGCGUAUUCUUUGUCAGGAGUCAGGAUGUCAGCACCAGGCGGGAAAGGCCUCACUCCGUAUCAAGGAAAGAGGCGAACCUGGGGGGAGUUUAGGUGCAGCUGUGGCAAGCGAUGGUCCAGCGGUAACUCCUGGCGCGACACUUGGCAGAGAUGUCAGUCCUGCGCGGAGGAAGUAUACCCGUACGAACAACGCCCUCUGGAACCCAGCACUGAUCCGGAUCGCGGAGUGCAUGAUCAGAGAAACUGUGGAAAGUGCAUUCGCAUGGGUCGCUGCUGCAGAGAUCGAUGAGCGCGAACAUCGUGGCUGUGGGGCUGGGUGACGUCUAGGCUGCUGGCGAUGUGAUCAAGGAGAAGCCACGGAGAUCUCGAGGGAGAAAAGACCUCAAGGUGACUACCUUCCUUCAGUACCUGGACUUCAAUAAUCAAAACUUGGUGAAACCAUUAGCAUGAAGAUAGGAUCCUAUGCCUAGGGAGUAACACACAAUUCAUUAGAAUGAGGUGGCCGUUUAAUACUAUUAAUUUUGUGGAUGUACGUGUAAGUUCAUCAAUGCUAUCAUGCCUUACUCUCAUUAUUCCGAACAAUCCAUAGGGUUCGCGCUUCCAGAGCUCUGUUAUGUAUUUGCGCGCGACGGGUCUCAGUUGCCUGCUCUGCCGGUCCUCGUCCCUGUCUCCAUCUUCAUCAUCCACCUUUCCUCCCCGUUCCCCACCUCCUCUUCUUGUCGCUUGCCCUAUUCUUUUGCUUCCCUGGGUUUCUGCCUUCUCGCCAUCUUCUUAUUGCUAGAAUUUCUGGAAUUUUCACUGGUUUUUAAAAGUCCGAUUCCCACGGCACCUGUUUUUACAAAGGCCUCUUCAAUGCCGUUUAUCCCAUCGCCGUCUAUCAUGGGUCCAACUAUCUGUUACAGUAACUAUACGAUGGCGGUUGCUCUCAUUCUAUUGCAUUGAGUGAAUUCUCGUUGUCUGGAAUGUUGGUUUGCUGAAAACACUUGUGCUGGACAGUAGAAGUCCAAAUCCAAUUCAUUGCAUGGGUUCCAGCAUUCGACAUUGCUCUGUUGAGCGCAUGAAGGCAUACUCUACACGU